AUGGCGACGCGUCGCUAUCGUGUCGUCAAGGCGGACAAUGUUGAAGACCUUGAAGCUGAAUUGGAGCAUGCCAUUGCGUUGAUGAUUCGAGUCAAGAAUCGCCUUGAAUGGAUCAAUGGGCCAGUGAAAAUGUCCAAGAAAACUAUCAACUCUUCUAUCAACAACGUCCUGUCAAUGAAAAUCAAAAGCUUCUAUCAUAUUAACUACAAUCUUAAUCUUCCGGAAGAUGAGAUUCUUCUCGAAGCAAGUAGACAACCGGUGCCAAGAUGUCUGGCCUAUUUGGCUUAUCCGGAUAUCGAAAGUCCAAGUACCAGUUCGGGUAAUCUGCUGCUUCCACCCGGCACAAUAUCAAGCAACAGCCAUUCCAAUCGCAGCUCGAAAAAUCAAAACACGGGCAACAAGAGCCCAAAUGAGAACGCCGGCAUGAGAAAUCGCCGCAAUCUCAAGAAGAGGCUGGCAAUCCAAUAA